AUGGGUUGUGGAGCUUCAUCGGUUGAACCGCAAGAAAGUAUCAUAGCAGAACCAAGUCCUGCUGUAAUCGAGUUUGGUAUCGUUGCAAGUGAAGUCAAACGAACCUGGCCGGACGUCAAGAAAAUUGAUCGUUUGGGUGAAAAGACAUUUGCUUAUCUAUUGCAUAGAUACCCGGAAUUCAAACCUUUCUAUCGUAUACCUGAAGCUUACAAAAGCGAAGCCGAAUUACUUGAUACUGAAGAAAUUAAAGAGCCAGGAGAACGAUUCAUCCGCUGGUAUGAGGACAUAAUUGAACAUAGUGAUACGAAAUUCGAUGAGAAAAUACAUGAGAAAGCUGUCGAAUUGAAUAAUCAAGGCGUUGGGAGAACGCAAGUGAAACAUUAUAGUAACAGUCUGGUUCAUGUCAUCAACUACGAACUUCAACAAGAGCUAACGACUGAAGAGAAGCAUUCAUGGCAGAUAUUCUGUACGAAAGUGUCGAAUGGUUUAGCUGCUGAACUAAGUAAAUUUCCACGAAAGUCGAUCGUUUAA